AGGUAUAAUAAUGAAAGAAAUUUUGGGUUUUAGACCACAUUUAUUGCAAGUGAAGAAUAAAGAGAAGCCAGGGUUCUCUGUAAACAAUACAGUUGUUGUCAACAAACGCCUGUCUGAGUAUAUAGAAAAUAUGCUGUGUCAUUAUUUGAUGAUAGAUCUCGCUUGAAUUUGAAAUUCUGCUUGGUCAACUACCUCGGACACAACUUUGAAGCCUUUGGUACCUGUCAAUCAUUAACUACAUCCUUACCCUUGAUCGCAUAACUGCACUGCACGACAGAAAACUUCAGCAAAGUAUUCAAGCAAGCAGACAAAGAUUGGAACUCAUCUAGUAAGCAGAUAUAUGUAUCAUAUAUCAAAAUAUUGUUGAAGGAUGGAUGAHGAAGAAAGGAAUUAUUGCUGCCUGGUACUACUGCUAAACAGAGUAGGCCUGGUAAAGUUGCGCAAGUUUUUCAUAGAUGAAUGGAAUACCAUGCAUAGUGGUGUCUUUGUUCCAUGGACUGACAGCCAUCAGAAUGGCACUGACCUAUUGACCAUGUACAACCCAUACCCAGCUUAUGAAAGACCUAAAGUCCAGUCAGGGGACACAACAAAGUGGGAUAUAUCUCUGUUUGUCAAAGUGCUAUUGAAUUCCAGACCUCCAAUAGUUCACAUUGUCAACAAAGCUUUAGUUGAUGGCUUGACAUAUUUGAGGGAAACAAGAAAUAAAUAUUUUCAUACUGCAAGUGGAAAGAUUACAUCUGCAGAGUUUACUCCUCUUUUCAAUGAUGUACGUAAUGCGUUAUUGUUAGUGGGUGCUUCAGCACUGGAAGUCAAGAAGGUUGAAGAUGAUGUACAGAAGCUGGAAUUGAAUAAACUGUUAUCUUUGGUCAAGCAGUGCUCAGAUCAAGACAAAGACAUCCUACAAGGAGUUGAUACAAUAAUCAGCAGGCUAGAUGAGAUACAGCAAGGCCAAUCACACCUACAGCAAGGACAACUAGACAUAAAGCAAGGUAUAAAGACAGGAUUUGAUGAGCUAAAGCACUGUCUAAAAGACGAAUUAUCCAAAGGAAAUCCGAUCUUCCCAUAACCUUAAGAAAACAAUAGAAAAACGUACAGAUCGGCUGACAAAAAAAAUAGUGAAAACCACAGUGAAAACAGACGAUAUUUUCACAAAUUUGACCCUUCACCAUCAAGAACAAGAAAUUCCGCACGAAAGAGCUCAAGAAGUCGAGGAAUUUGCUCGUAAAACUCUUCAUGGAAGAAAAGGUGUUUUACACCAAGAAAGAACUCGCAAAGUCAAUCAGGGUGCUCGUAAAACUGUGACAGAAAUAAAGCAAUGCCGUGAGAUUUUUGUAGACCAAAACAACGAAAACAAUCCAAAGUCAGUUUUGGUUUCCGGUGAACCGGGUAUCGGAAAAACGCUAUUUUCGCAGAAAAUUGUUAGAGACUGGUCAACCCAGAGUUUAUUGAUACCUGACAUCAAGUUCACCUACCUCUUAACAUUCAGAGAACUUAAUCGUCUUGGCAACAAAGAGCUCACUCUCAGAGAAUUGGUUAAUCACUCCCUUUUGCUGGACGAAAAUACCAUGAUAACCGAAGAAAUAAUGGCGCACAUKRUCCAGCAYCCAGAACAACUGUUUAUUGUCUUCGAUGGCUUUGAUGAAUACAAAGACCGCAACAAAAUAAUCGGAGAGUUAAAAGAGCUGAUCCCCAAUGAUGUGAAAGCCAAGAUGCCAAUAACUGCCCUGGUCAGCAAACUUAUCCGAAAAGAGAUCUUGAGCGAUUCUGUCACCAUGAUAACCUCCAGAUCGAGCGAAGCCAACGCGUUAAACGAAAAUAUCCAUUUUGAGCGCUAUGUCGAGAUUACAGGAUUCUCAGAGACACAGGUCGUUAAAUACGUUGAGAACUAUUUUAAAUCUAAACCAGAAGAAGUAAAAAAGAUGGCAGUCGACAAAGUCAAAGGAUCACCACACCACAUAUCAUUUGGUCGCGCGCCUUUCCGUUGUUUCUUGAUGUGCAUCUUCAUAGAGUGUGAAGUUGAAAACAACCGUGAUAUCUCAGUUCCUGCAACUCUUACUGAGUUUUAUGACCAAGUUAUUAAAUGUAUAGAAUUUAAUUAUAAUAGAGAAAUACUUAAGCUUCAUUUAGAUGAGAAAGCCGCGUCAGAGGCUGUUGACAAAACCAUCGAUAAUUUUGCUGAAUUAGCGGCAAACUUAACUCAACAAGGUAGAUUUAGUUUUACUUCAGGAGACUUAAAAAACCUCAACUCAACAGAAAAAGAAAUGUUACUUUCUAGUAAUCUUAUCUUUUGUUAUCCUGUUUCCAGUAAUUCACCUUUUCAAAAACCAACGUGUGAAUAUAGCUUCACGCACUUCACCAUUCAAGAGUUUUUUGUUGCUCUGUAUUUGAAGAAGGUUGUAAUGGCGGAACGAAGAGCCACUGAAAUGGUGUACAUCUUCAUGAGCGGUUUGUUAGGUUUAGAUAAAAAUAAAGAAUCAAUGGUAAAACUACUAGAGUGUCUCGGUGAACAUAUUGAAGAUGAAUACAGACUAAGACUGGUGUCAUUAAGAUGUUUACACGAGUUUCAAGACAAAGGAUUGACAGAACAAGAAGUGACUACUAACCGUGACUACAGAUACUGGAAUAGUGAUGGGUGGAUUGGAUUACAAGGUGUAACCGACACGGACUGUGCAGCAAUCGCUAUGUUAGUAGAAUACACUGCUACAUCAAUAUCAUCACCACCACACACAUUGUCCAUUGAAUACUCAUCCAUAACAAGUGUUGGGGUAGAGAGAUUGCUGUUAUCUCUCGUUCAUUCAAACCACACAAUCACUAGACUGAGGCUGGUGGAGUGUGAUUUGAAUGACGAAUGUGCUGAGUGUUUGGGUAAAUAUUUACUCAAAACCAAAAUAACCGAGCUAGACCUGGAUGGUAAUGGAAUAACUGAUGGUGGAGUACAACACAUCAUGGAACACAUACCCAGUAAUCUCACCGUGCUAUACCUGGAUGCUAAUAAAAUAACUGAUGGUGGAGUACAACACAUCAUGGAACACAUACCCAGUAAUCUCACCGUGCUAUACCUGGAUGCUAAUAAAAUAACUGAUGGUGGAGUACAACACAUCAUGGAACACAUACCCAGUAAUCUCACCGUGCUAUACCUG